AUGGAAUCGAUUGUCGAGAAAAUGAUGGAUGAAUCCAACGGUGUGCCAGUGAAGACAGUUAAAAGUUUUAUCAGCAAAAUUCCCGCCGUUUUUACAGGAACUGAUUUGAUAACGUGGAUGAUGAAGAAUAUGGACAUCGACGAUCAAGAGGCUCUCCACGUCGCACAUCUUAUGGCAUCCCAUGGAUACUUUUUCCCCAUAGACGACCACUGUUUGACGGUAAAGAAUGACAACACCUUUUAUAGGUUCCAAACUCCAUAUUUCUGGCCCUCGAAUUGCUGGGAGCCAGAAAAUACAGAUUAUGCUGUAUAUUUGUGCAAACGAACAAUGCAAAACAAAACUCGAUUAGAGCUCGCAGACUACGAGGCUGAGAAUCUAGCAAGGCUGCAAAAAAUGUUCUCCAGGAAGUGGGAGUUUAUCGCGAUGCAAGCUGAAGCCCAGAGCAAAGUCGAUAAGAAGAGAGACAAGUUGGAGAGAAAAGUGCUCGAUAGUCAGGAAAGAGCUUUUUGGGAUGUUCAUCGACCAAUGCCUGGUUGUGUCAAUACAACAGAACUCGACAUAAAGAAGGCAUGUCGUAGCCACAAACCUCUUGUUAAAGCCAGUAAGCAUUUACAGCUGGGAUUAGCAGGUGGAAGAAUUUCUCCUCCUCGUACAAAUUCUAUGUUGAAGCAGUCGGCUGAAUCUUUACAAAGGGAUGUUGAUAUCUUGAAACAAAGACUUGAUCGACGAAUUAUCAAAAUUUCGAAAGUUGCAGAUGCGCUUAUAGGCUACUUCGAACAAUACGCAGAGUACGAUCCAUUUUUCACACAACCAGAACUGACAAACCCUUGGGUCUCUGAUAGUAUGGAAAUGUGGGAACAAGACAAAAUGGGCGAAUUGCCAGUGAGGAGAGUCAGAAGAUGGGCUUUUGGACUUAAUGAACUGCUUCAAGAUCCUGUCGGCAGGGAACAAUUUGAACGAUUCUUGGAAAAAGAAUUUAGCGGGGAGAAUCUCAAAUUCUGGGAAUCCGUUCAGGAAUUAAAAACUUUACCACAGCGAAUUGUCGAAGCAAGAGUCAAGGAAAUUUGGGAAGAAUACCUGGGUAAGGAAGCAAGUUGUCCAAUUAACGUUGAUUCUCGAUCUUUAGAAAGUACAAGAAGGAACGUAGAAAAGCCGGAUCGUUGGUCAUUUGAUGUCGCAGCCGCUCACGUCUACCAUUUAAUGAAAAGUGAUUCCUACUCAAGAUACCUGCGAUCGGAAAUGUACAAGGACUAUAUCAGUGGAUCCAAAAAGAAGACCUCAGUGAAAGGAAUUCGAUCCAUUGUCUCUUUCACCGGCAGGAAAGACACGGCAACUUCUUAAUCGAAAAUAUUCUCGCCUUCUCAGAGGCUAAACAUUGAAAAGGAACGCUCGCAAUUCACUUUCUCUUUCGCAACGUUCGACGUUCGAAGAGGAAUAGCAGAAACGUUGGCAGUGAAUAGUUCGAUCUACCUGUCUCUCUUGAGGAGAAAUCAUCGUUUACACUUCGCUUUUUCAUGCUGCCAAAACUUACACGAUCGGAUGACGGGGCCGAUUUUUCUAAGGGGGAAUAAUUAGUGCGAUAGCUUUGUUUUCUACGCGUAGAUCGUCUACUCGAAACUCGCGGCAAAAGCUGCAGGAAUUGAUGUCUUAGGAGUCUGCGUAUGGAAUGUACUGGAACUGCAUUCGCUGGGAUCUGUAGAAUUGUAGAAAAUACUCUGUAGAAGAAGAAAAAAUCGAGAACUGUAGAAAUGAAGGCGUUAUUCACUAAGGUAUUGAGAAAAAAAAUAGAAACAUACACUGUCAAAAAGUCAACUGUAUUUUCGAAACCAGUUGGCUCGGAUGCAACACCGAAGAAACAUAAAUAUAAGUUACGUGAUGAGA